AUGGCGGAGCCCGAGAGGUCGCCUUACCGCAACGGUAUUGUGUCUAGUGGAUCCAGAUUGCCCAAGGAAGAGGAUGAAGCUGCUGCAGGAGAUAUGAUAGAAGUUCCACAGUCGACCGCCAUUAAAUCACAGGCCAAGUCCCCUCUCCUGUCCCAGACAUCUAAAAUCUCUUCCGCUACCACGACUCCCGGUGUUUCCGCUCCGCCCUCGACGGAUACUUCGACUUUUUCUUCUCGCGAACCGUCUCCCGUUCGUACAUCACUCCGUGCUGGCACGUCGAACUCCAUAUCGCAGUUACCGCCUUCUUCGCCGCGGAAGAAUAGCCAAGACCGAAGUCCGCCCAGGUCCACCCCCGAUCAAAAUCCUGGUCCUGCGUCCUCUACGGUACAACAAACCUCAUCACAGGCCGGUAAACCGCCCCUCCUCAGUCCUCCUUCGGGUACCGAGUCGGCCACCAAUGCUUCCAGUCGUGAUAAGUCCAACAUGCCAGUAUGGGCCACGUCGCGCCGGCCAGACCAAGAGUCGACCCAACCUAAUACUUCGAGCAAAAGGUCCUCAGUACCCUCCCCCGAUGACCUUACCGCCAAAGGAGACCGUUCCAUGCCUCGAACUGUGAGCAGGGGUCUCAACGGCUCGAGCUCUGCCUUAGAAACCGUACAAGAGAUGACCAGUGACCACUCGUCCCCGUCAAACGGCACGAUCCUCAACCAGCCCUUAACGGAAGAGCCGCAUUUGGAAAAGAUUGACGAGGAUGCGACUCCGAAGGCCAACAAACAAGGUGUGGAAAGCGGUAGCGAAAGUGGUGGCAACAAAAGUUCGGAACCGAUGGAUGAGAAACGCCGCAAAUCUUCGACUGGCGCGAAGGGAACCGGCACCAUCAUUCCGAAGAGAUCUACCACAUCCUUGAGCGGGAAUGGUGCACGUGGAAAACCUACUGAUGGAUCUGUACGGAAUAUGAUUGUCGAAACGGAAACGGUCAGCUCCAUACCCCAGGUCUCACUGAGUGCAGCCACUGGGGAUCGAGGGCAUACCGGUCGUGUCGAUCCUGGUACGCUUCGCAUGAAGCCCAGCACAGAAACGAUUCGGCCGAAGAAGGAAAAGAAGAAGGCCCGCAAACCGGCUCCGCUACCUAGCGGUGCAGCGUCGUCGAAGGCCGACAUCUUCGAGGCCAAAGUGGCAAGCGCAGUGGACGAAGCGGACGUUUCCGAUUCUGACGAAACAUUCGUUUAUGAGUCCAACCCGCCCGAUCCUUAUCCUGUCCGGCAAUCACGGUACCAUUCUCGAACACCGAGUGCUACCUCCAUGGCCAGCCAAGCCGAUCAGUUUGGCAGUCGGGCACGCCCAACAUUGCCGUCUGCUAAUCAUAGCGUUACUGGCAAACGAAGUAUGAAAUUCACGAAUAAUACCUAUAGUAACAGUCUGGAUGGAGACGCUGGCGAUGAAGGACCCAGCAAUGCACGGCACGAUGGCCCUGCUUCUCACACACGCCACCAUCACAUCGGACGGUAUGGACGCAACAACUUGUAUCCGUCCAUCUUUGACAGCGACUCGCCGUUCCCUCAGUCACAUUCGUAUAUCAAGUCUCCUCGACACUUUGUUGGAAGCGGGUAUCGACAGUCAAGACAACCCGGGUCUCGUGGAGUGCCAAACUAUCGCACCAUGGGUCAUUCCAAAAAGGCAGGAGAUAUGUAUGGCUACGACUAUGAUGCAGAGGGGGCAGAUGAUGAGCGUACGCCGUUGGUCGGCUCACCGCGCAUGCCGCGAAGUCGCCACGGCGGUCGACGGCCUAACAGUGCUAGUGUCCGUCAAAUGGAAUACAUGCACCGCCGGCGUGGCUAUAUGUCACGAUAUGGACUCUGUGCCGCCGUUUUCCUAUUACUCUUUCUGAUUAUCGGAGGUGCCACUUCGUUCAUUGUUGCAAUCACCAAACCACUACGGGAAGUCCACGUCGCUGCCAUUCAAAAUGUGUUGGCUUCCGAACAGGAGCUCAUGUUGGAUCUCAACGUGCGAGCUACCAAUCCCAACCUGUUUCCGGUGGUUGUUGACGAUAUGGAUGUCAACAUUUUCGCCAAGAGUCGAUUUGUCGGGACAGACAAGUUCUGGCGUGAACAUGGCUCUGAGCUCGACGACUUUCCUCCUGUUGAACCUAGGAGUUCGGAAGACCCGUCAGACCAGCUGGUGCACGUUACUGACGGGGUCGACCACGGUACCGAUCCCAUUCCCAACGAUCCUGUUGGAGAUCCACAGACAAUGCUCCUUGGCCGUGUAUUCCGCUUCGAUUCCUCUCUUGCCUUCGAGCCCUCACCAUGGAACUACAUGGCAUCAUCUUCCAAAGGACAAAUUCGUCUCCCGCGUCCAGGAAACAAGACAGAAGAAGGUGGCACUGAACGAUGGGAGCGAGUUUUACAGCACCCAUUUGACCUGAUUGUUCGCGGUGUUAUCAAAUAUCAACUACCUCUGAGUUCACGGUUCCUUUCUGCGUCGGUCAGCUCGAGUGUCAAGGUGACCCCGGAUAAGGGUGAUAAUAAUGGUGGUGGCCAUAAUGGUGAUGAUGACUCUGAGCAUGACCCUGAACAUCCCCCGAGCAACGACACGGUCAAAAUCACCUCUCGGAGACUACCUCGUCGAUAUACAUUUUCGGAGAGGAAAGACACGAUUAAUAUAUUUGAACGACCCUUUACGGCCUGA